AUGGACAUCCUGUAUAUCUAUCUGUUUAUCUAUUUCCCAGUCUGUUCAUAUCUAUCUGACUUUCUCUCCCUCUCUCUCUCUCUCUCUCUCUCUCUGCUCACGUAUAUCUAUCUAUCUAUGUUUAUAUAUCUCAGUCUGUUCAUAUCUAUCUAUCUAUCUAUCUAUCUAUCUAUCUAUCUAUCUCAUUCGCUUCAUAUCUAUCUAUGUAUAUGUCUCUCUCAGUCUCUUCAUAUGUAUCUAUCUAGCUACCUAGCACGGCCUUUUAACAUCUAUCUUUCUAUCUGUUCAUAUCUAUCUAUCUGUCUAUCUGUCUAUCUAUCUACCUAUCUCAGUCUGUUCAUAUCUAUCUAUCUAUCUCCUAUCUAUCUAGCUAACUCAGUUUGUUCAUAUCUGUCUAUCUGUGUCUAUCUCUUUUUGUUCAUACCUGUCUAUCUAUCUAUCUAUCUAUCUAUCUAUCUAUCUAUCUAUCUCCGUGUUAUAUGUCUGUUUAUCUGUCUGUCUAUCUCAGUCUGUUUAUAUCUAUCUAUCUAUCUAUCUAUCUAUCUAUCUAUCUAUCUAUCUAUCUUUCGUUCAUUGAUCACGAAAGCCAUUUUCACCUGUCCCUCUCUCUCUUUCAAUCUACCUGUCCCUCUCUCUCUCAUUCUUUCUCCUAUCUCUCGCUCUCUCUCUUCCUUAUCUAGUAACAAUCAAACCUCUUGUUUCGUAUAA